GAUACGAUGGAUUAGUCCUUUUAAGUUAAUUUUUUUUUGCAUUCACUUCAUGGUUUUUUUCUGUCUUGUUUUCUGGGUUACUUUUUCCAAUAAACUAGAGAUUUGAGCGUACACUCUGCUGUGGGUUGCUUCAACACCAUUUAAUAUAGUGGAAGUUAAAAAUAGAUUGUGUAUGGCAAAAUCAUGAUUUUUAACUGUUUGAAAGAUAUACCAAGCAGUACCUGCCAUCCGCUGAUGCUUUAAGAAUAGAUUAAUUAUCAUCUUCUUGGUCAGACUGUGACAGUCUGCAUAGCUUGCAUCAUUUAUUUCUGUCUCCUUAAUGCCCGAGAUCAUAAAGAGCACUAUGAGCUGCCAGUGUAUCUUUUCAUAUGCAAAAUCUGAAGCAUUAUACAAUCAGAUGAGUAGUGGCUGAAACACUUAGUGAGUUGGCACAAUGAUUUUCAGGCUCAGUAUACUUUGGAUGCUGCCCUCUUUUUCACCCUUUCCAGCAAGAUUGGACCUCCAGCGUUGGCAAACAACAGACACAGUCCACCAAAGCUCUGCUCUAAGGGCUGGGGAGGGCAGACUUUUUCAACUUUUCAUGUAACUUGAGUGGUGGAAGUAAUUGCUGCUUUCAUAAUGAACAAGUUUUACGUAGCAGGAGGAAACUGAAGAUUUCAUCUGUGUCAGUAUCUUUGUGACGUUCCAAUGCCAGUGCAGUCAGUAAAGUUCUGCCAUACGUCUGGGGUGUUAAACGUUGACUAUGAUUUUUCUUAAUGCUUGUUUAUAGUGUCCUGUUGGGAGAAAGGAUAAUAUUUGCAGUAAUAAAAAAUACUGUGUGUGCAUUAUGGUGGCUGGGGAACUGCUUGAGCCUCGUUACUUCAUCUUUCCUAAGAUUUAUGGGAUGUAAAGAAGGUAUCUGUCUUGUUUUGUUGCCUCCUCUGGACCCCAGUUCUGUACUUUGCAGAAGAGGGCAAACAUGUUUCAGCAAACUAAUUUAUUUUUUUUCAUCUUUGAUUACAGGAUUUAAGUUUUAAUUCCUGUAGCUUCUGAAAUCAAAAUGUGUUUUGAGAAGGAGAGAAAAAGGUAUAGAUCAGAAUAUCAAAAUCACAGAGGUUAGUAGUGUCCAAAAAUCCUGUUUGUACUGUUCUUGUGGAUCAGUUUAAAAAAUAUAUACAUGUGAUCCUUUUUUUAUAAAUACACAUAGGUGAUAAAUUUCCUAAAUUUCAUCCCAAGGCAAGCAUCCCUCUGUCUGAACCUAGCUGGUAGUCUCCCUAUGUAGAUGAAAAUUUCUUUCAGUGAGAGCCUUAAUGUGAUCAUAGGGGUUUGUUCAAACUAAGUAAAAAGUUGGUUUUUUUUUCCUCUUAGAAUUGAGAUUCAUUCGUGCAUUUGUGCAUAUUCAACUUUUUCUGAAAAGCAGGAGGGGUGAUUCAGUGGUGGUUUCCUGUCAGUAGCUCCAAAAGUAGUAAUGCAGUAGAUGGAGCUAGGAUAAGGGAUAGUUCCUAGUCCAGGAGGUUCCUGACUCCUCGCAGAAGUUUUUUUUUUUAAGUAAGUUCUUAAUGUAUACCAUAAGGAACUGUUCAGGGAUUCAGUGUGGGGCAAUGUUUCUUAUAACCUCUGUAAAAAAAAAAAAAAAAAAAAGAGUGGGAUAAUUGUGACCUAUGGUAAUUUCAGAUACAGGUAAGAAAUCACCUUGUUUGGAUGUUUGUCAUGCACUUGUGCCUUGUACAUAGUCUUCCAGUUGUUCUGUAGCUGCCAUCAUUAGAUGCCUGUGAUGCAAUGAAGUGCCAUUGCUCUGACUUCAGCAGCAGAAAGCAAAAGCAGUAAGAAAUGUCCCAACUUGCCCAGAGUCAGCAGGGAAGUCUGUUGGCAUGGCCUUAUUGGCUUAAGCAGUCUGAUUCAGAAUGCCACCAAAAGUGAUUUAGUGCUUUGUUUCUGCUUUCCGUUCUUCAUGGAUUCUAGUGUCAGUGCAUCUGUACAGACUCUUUAUGUUCUAUAAGAGAGCUGGUGGGAAAAGCCCUGUUCUGUCUUUUCUGGUAGCAGUGUCAUCCUAAACUGAUUUCCCUUGAUUAUGAAUCGCAUCCUUGGCAGAGCACAGCACUGAGCUUGAUGCUUUAAGGCUCUUGAAGUUGAUAUUGUAGUUUGGAAAUUACGCUGCUUCUCUUGGUUCAGUACCUGUCUUAGUGCUCAGCUUGUCCCAGGAUACAAAAUCAGAUGGGAAGAGGGGGUGAUUUGUCCCAUUCCCAGCUGAUCCCUGUUCAAGGCAAGGAUCACUGAACGGCUCCAAAUCUGGUUGUGAUGGUGCUUUGAUCUUUCAGGGCAGCAUAUUAAGGUAAGGGGGGAUUGCAGUUGGGUUGUUUAAUUAUGCUAGGCUGAAACCUGGAGCUGCUCUUGAAUUGCCAGGAGCUGUACGGCCAUCUGUCAUUGGGGUAACAACUUGUAUUUGAAGGGGCAGCUGGCAGGGUUGAGGCUUGCUUCAGCUGGCAGACUUUUUUAAUUUGCCACUACAUGUCAGUCAGAGCCCUUGUUUGUGAGUAAGGAAGAGAGUAGGGGUUGCCUUAAUUGUUUGUGCAAUUAAUUUAAAAUCCCGAGAGGAAAAGUGGGCAUUUCUGCGAGAAUAAAUUAAAUUCAUAUAAUGUGCAUUCUGUCUUCUUACAGGCUGCUUUUUGCAGUUCUAACAUGUAACAAUCAUGACAGUUGUCAAGGCAUAGGUGUAUUUCUGGGCGCACUGAGCCGUACAUAUGGUGCAAGAAAAUUGUAUUCUUACUGCAAGUGUUAUUUGUGAAGGCACAAAGACUGAAGGAAAUACAUUCAGACUCGAGCUAGAGAAAGCAUCAUGUGAAAAAUUCAGACACUGAGAUUUUGCACUAGUUCUUAAGAUAACUGUUUCUGAUAGGUUUUUUACAGGUUUCCGAGUAAGGGCGUGUGCCUGUGCCUUCCUAAGGGUGCUAAUCAGGGUUGCACAUGCUGCUGUGAAUCGAGAGGAAAAAGCACUGAUGACUUCACUUGAUCUGAGAAUAACUGGGUGGCUUAUGAAAGAUGAUGAUGUACCUGCAGAUAUGGUUGCAGAAGAAUCAGGUCCUGGUGCACAAAAUAGUCCAUACCAACUUCGCAGAAAAACUCUUCUACCUAAAAGAACAGCUUGCCCUACAAAGAACAGUAUGGAGGGUGCCUCCACUUCAGCUACUGAAAACUUUGGUCACCGAGCUAAACGUGCCAGAGUAUCUGGAAAAUCCCAGGAUUUAUCAGCAGCACCUGCAGAACAGUAUCUUCAGGAAAAGUUGCCAGAUGAAGUGGUUCUAAAGAUCUUCUCCUACCUGCUGGAGCAGGAUCUCUGCAGAGCAGCUUGUGUGUGUAAACGCUUCAGUGAGCUGGCUAAUGAUCCAAUUUUGUGGAAAAGACUGUAUAUGGAAGUAUUUGAGUACACACGUCCAAUGAUGCAUCCUGAAGCUGGUAAAUUUUAUCAGAUUAAUCCAGAAGAAUAUGAACAUCCAAAUCCCUGGAAGGAAAGCUUUCAGCAACUGUACAAAGGAGCGCAUGUAAAGCCAGGUUUUGCUGAACACUUCUACAGUAAUCCUGCAAGAUAUAAAGGAAGAGAAAAUAUGUUGUACUAUGAUACCAUUGAGGAUGCUCUUGGUGGAGUUCAGGAAGCUCAUUUUGAUGGACUUAUCUUUGUUCACUCUGGUAUAUAUACUGAUGAAUGGAUAUAUAUUGAAUCUCCAAUCACCAUGAUCGGUGCAGCUCCUGGAAAAGUAGCAGAUAAGGUUAUAAUAGAAAACACUAGAGAUUCCACCUUCGUUUUUAUGGAGGGUUCUGAAGAUGCCUAUGUUGGAUAUAUGACAAUCAGGUUCAAUCCUGAUGACAAAUCUGCUCAGCACCACAAUGCACACCACUGCUUAGAGAUUACCGUGAACUGCAGUCCAAUUAUAGAUCACUGUAUUAUUCGAAGUACUUGUACAGUUGGCUCUGCAGUAUGCGUUAGUGGCCAAGGAGCUUGUCCUACUAUUAAACACUGUAACAUCAGCGACUGUGAAAAUGUUGGGCUUUAUAUUACAGACCACGCACAGGGAAUAUAUGAGGACAAUGAGAUCUCCAACAAUGCAUUAGCAGGGAUUUGGGUUAAAAACCACGGAAAUCCCAUUAUCAGGCGGAAUCACAUUCACCAUGGACGCGAUGUUGGCGUUUUCACUUUUGACCAUGGCAUGGGUUAUUUUGAAAGCUGCAACAUCCAUAGGAACAGGAUAGCAGGUUUUGAAGUGAAAGCAUAUGCCAAUCCAACAGUGGUUCGGUGUGAAAUCCAUCAUGGCCAGACUGGGGGCAUCUACGUCCACGAAAAAGGAAGAGGACAAUUCAUAGAGAACAAAAUCUAUGCAAACAACUUUGCAGGUGUUUGGAUUACCUCAAACAGUGACCCAACAAUAAGGGGCAAUGCAAUUUUUAAUGGGAAUCAAGGUGGUGUUUAUAUCUUCGGUGAUGGAAGAGGCCUUAUUGAAGGAAAUGACAUUUAUGGUAAUGCAUUGGCAGGAAUACAGAUUAGAACAAACAGCUGUCCCAUAGUUCGACACAACAAGAUUCAUGAUGGUCAGCAUGGUGGCAUUUAUGUGCAUGAAAAAGGCCAAGGUGUGAUUGAGGAGAACGAAGUUUACAGCAAUACUUUGGCUGGGGUCUGGGUGACAACAGGGAGCACUCCGGUCUUGAGGAGGAACAGAAUACAUAGCGGGAAACAGGUUGGAGUUUAUUUCUACGACAAUGGACACGGUGUGUUAGAAGACAACGACAUCUAUAAUCACAUGUACUCAGGGGUUCAGAUAAGAACUGGAAGCAACCCCAAAAUCAGACGCAACAAAAUCUGGGGAGGUCAGAAUGGUGGUAUUCUUGUUUAUAAUUCUGGGCUUGGAUUUAUAGAAGACAAUGAAAUUUUUGAUAAUGCAAUGGCUGGUGUAUGGAUUAAAACAGACAGCAAUCCUACACUAAGAAGAAACAAAAUCCAUGAUGGAAGAGAUGGAGGCAUCUGUAUAUUUAAUGGAGGAAGAGGUCUUCUGGAAGAGAAUGAUAUCUUCAGGAAUGCCCAAGCUGGUGUUCUUAUCAGCACCAACAGCCACCCUGUGCUAAGGAAAAAUCGAAUAUUUGAUGGCUUUGCUGCAGGCAUUGAAAUAACAAAUCACGCUACUGCAACAUUAGAAGGCAAUCAGAUUUUCAACAACCGCUUUGGGGGUUUAUUUCUCGCAUCUGGUGUCAACGUCACAAUGAAAGAUAACAAAAUAAUGAACAAUCAAGAUGCCAUAGAAAAAGCUGUCAGUAGAGGCCAGUGUUUAUAUAAGAUAUCCAGUUACACCAGCUAUCCCAUGCAUGACUUCUACAGGUGUCACACCUGCAACACCACAGACCGCAACGCCAUUUGUGUGAACUGCAUUAAGAAGUGCCAUCAAGGACAUGACGUAGAAUUCAUUAGACAUGAUAGGUUUUUCUGUGACUGUGGUGCUGGAACACUGUCUAAUCCCUGUACACUUGCUGGAGAGCCUACACAUGAUACAGAUACGCUAUAUGACUCUGCUCCACCUAUAGAAUCUAAUACAUUGCAGCACAACUGAAUUCCUUUCAGAAAGAAAGUCCUGCCAUUCUAAUAUCAUAACUGUUAAACCUUUUUUUUUGGAGGAAGUUAUACUUGCCCAUUUCUGCAGAAAGAGACUGUAUUAAAGCGGAUGUGUGAGGUGUUGACACUAUGGAGCUCAACCUACCAAAAAAGAAAGUGGCAAUAUGUUGACUCAGGAUAACAGAACUGGGCGUUUUAGCAUUACUGUGUAAACAAAGACUUUGAAGGGACAGAAGUGAAGAAAAAAUAAGCUGCAAUUUUGUACAGAUACCAACUUCCGAAAGCUGGUGUUUUUACAAGUAGCAUUGAAACGCAGUCCAAUUUGCAGUAGUACUAUUCUGUAGACAAGCAGCAUUCUUUGUUGCUGCCUUUAUGGACAUGGGUACCAAUUGCUUUUGUAACAUGGUAAAAAAAAAAAUGUGAGCUAGCACUUCUGCAUUUCUUUUGAUUUUUUUUUUAACAUUUAUUCAGAUUGAGAAAUAUGAUUUUAAUGCUUUAAUCUCAUGUAGUUUGUUUCUAAUUUCAAGCAAAAAAAAAUCUUAUUGUACUUGAAUGUGUCCUGUUUUGUUAGCACACCUAGACUUGCUGUAACUGUACUCAUGUCCCAGUAUGUACGUUCUUUCUAUGAAAGAGAAAACACUAAUCUUAAAUUAUAUCCAGCAAUUUUUCUGGUGUCCUCUGAAGUUAGAAUAAUCUCCUUCCCUGCCCCAGCAAUAGUCUGUACUCAAACCACCCUAACAAAAAAGCGAGUGUUUUAAUGAGACUUCCUAGACUAUAAUGCACUAUAAAACAGAGUACCCAUGUAACUAAGUUUUGUGAGUGAAAUUUUACUAUGUUUUAAAGUACACGGUAGAAAGUCUCCUCAAAACAGUCUUGUAUUUUACUCUGUUCAUAGUUUUUUUUGAACAGUCUGGACAUUACUUUACAUAACCUGCUGGAAAUCGCAGCAAUUUCCUGCUCUAAUGAAGCUGAGACAAGUAUAUAUACAGCCCUAUACAGUUUCAUAGCUUUUUUCCAUUUAUGUGUAUUGGUGACAGUGGGUAAUCAACAGCCUGAAAGUGUAUGCAUGUACCAUAACAUCUAGACUUAAUAUAUUGUGGAGUACUCAAUAACCAUUAUGUAGAGGGUAGGUAAGAAUUAAAGGGUUUAAUUUCCUAGGAAAGACAAUGGAAAAAUGGUCAUUUUUAAAAAAUAAAGUUUAUUAGAUCAUAA